AUGUCGGUAUCUGGGACGGUGGUAUUUGUACUGACUAAUGAAAAUGGAACCUUUGUUCUUGCAACUGAAUGGUCCGAUGUAAUUCACCUUAAUCGAGCAAAUGAUUUUUCUACCAUUAAUACGAACAUUAAAAAACACAGCCCUACGAUGAUAAUUAUCACCACCAUCCUACCUAUUUUGCUUGCCAUACUACUGAUCACUUUUACUGCUUUGAUGUUCAAGAGCUGCAUGUGUAAGCAACAGCAGCAAACUAGGUCUUGUUAAAGUGUUCAGAAGAGGCAGACAUUCCCUGAACAGCCAAAUGGAAUUCUCAACAUUCAGUGCACAAUAUCUACCACUUGGGAUAUUUCUAUUUUCUAUUUUCUGUAUAACUAACAAAUGUAGUCUUCCAGCUGUUGUGGAACAGAG